GGCCAGUCGCGUGCCGCGAGUCCAAGGGUCUGGGCGUGUUUCGGCGAGCGGAGAGCAUACGGGAGCGAGCGAGCGAGUUGGAUAGAAGAGCACACAGAACAGCGGCCAUGCCAAGCAGCGGAAGGAUCUCAGAAACCAGAAGGGUAAACAAGCCCAUCAUGGAGAAGCGGCGCCGAGCGCGCAUCAACGACUGUCUGAACGAACUGAAGAGCCUGGUGCUGGAGGGUCUGAAGAAGGACCCGGCGCGGCACUCCAAGCUCGAGAAGGCCGACAUUCUGGAGAUGGCCGUCAAGCACCUGCGCUCGCUGCAGGCGCGGCCGGCCGCCCCGGCGGCGCGCUUCCAGGAGGGCUACGCCGACUGCGCGCGCGAGGUGGCCGCCUUCCUGAGCGGCCGUCCGGAGCCGGAGCCGGAGCUGCGCCAGCGGCUGAUGGUGCACCUGGCGGGCGCGUACCGGCCGCAGGCCUCGCCGGCCGCCGACCGGUCCGACCCGGCGCCGGCCGUGCUCAGCCCCGCCGGCGUGCAGCUGGUGCCGGCCGUGCUGCCCAGCGGCGAGCUCGGCUACAUCGUACAGCCGGCGCCGGCCGGCCUGCUGCUCGGCUCCCCGACCCCGGCCGCCGCCAGCAGCGCCCAGCCGGCCGCGGCCAGCCUGGGCGGCUCGGAGGCCUCCUCGUGCAGCGUCGGCUCGGCCAGCCCGGCGCCCUCCUGGGACCCGACCGAGACGCGCUGUUCGCCCAGCCCCUGCUCGUCGGAGCGGUCGUUCGGCUCGUGCGCCGGCCGUGCCGACAGCCCGCAGCCGCUCGACCUGGUGGCGCACAACCGUCACCACGACGAGGAGGCCCACUGGAGGCCCUGGUAAGGUCCACUGGAGGCCCUGGUGAGGUGACUGCGUUCACCCGAGGCCCUCAGGAGGCCUGCUCUUUCCACAGUCUGUGCCUUGAGACACUGCCGUUGCGGAGCUCACGCAAAGUUUUCAUUCCAAUGUGUAGCCGUGCGAACAUGGGCCUUACAAUGUAUGUUAACGUGAUAAGCGCUGUGUAGAGGUCUUGGUUUAUGUGAUUGUUUUGUAUGUUUCUUAAGUGCCAUCUGUCUGCCUGCCAAAACUGUUGUGCUAUGCAAACGAUACUGAGAUCGAACGCUCGUUGGAUGACUGGGAAAUGCUACUGUUACCUGUAUAAAUAUCUAUUUGUGUGCCAUGCGAUUACGAAAUAUGUCAAGAUGUGUCAUUGAAUAUGCCAGUCCGAAGCAGAAUACAACUGCCGAAAAGUGA